AUGUGCUAUGUUUUCAACGAAAUGAGCCUUUCAGAAGAACAGUGCCGCAAUGGAGUUGUGUUAAUAGUCGAUUUGAACCAGUGGACGUUCAAGAACUCCACAGACGAAUGCGCGAACAAGUUUCUAAAGGCAAUGAAGCAUCAAGUGCCAACAAAAGUAGCAUCGGUUCUCAUAGUGAACUCUCCCCGUUGGUUCCCCAAGGUUUGGAAGGUUCUAAAGAAAAUGGUUUCUCCAUCCUUUGCAAAGAGAUUCGUCAUUCUAAAGAAUCAGCAUCAAUUGCAAGACUAUUUGAUGGAUGGUUACGAAAAUUACCUGCCAGUCGAAAUGGGAUUUUGGCGCGAUUCAACAGAGAUCGUUGAGGAUUUUGUAAACAUGAAGAUUCAUGCUGAACCUAAUCUUUGA